CCCCAAUGUAAGACAGAAGGGGGAGCUGUGGAACAUCAGGGAAGGGUUCCGGGAUGUGGCAAACAGCCAGAAAAUUCGCUGUGGUUCUGAUAAAUCUAACUGAAGCAGUCUUGCUACGGGAGGUGGAGAGGACUGAAAACAAAUAGACACGGAGAAUACAUCCACCUGCAAGCCCGUCAGGAGAACCAGCCCUGCCAACACCCGAAUCUUGGACAUCGACCCUCCAGAAUUGCCCAGGACUGGAAUUGUCUCCAUUUAACAAAUGUGGAAGCUGAAGCUCAGAAAAUUCAAGUCACUCUAAGGAGAGUCUGAGGCCAGGUCUGCGGGAAUCGCUGUGCCACUAACCACCGCACCGCAUCGCCCUGCAGCUACUGUGUGUGGUCCAGGCAGUCCGCCCUGGGAGGCGGGGCAGCGCCGCGCGCACAGCCCCGCCCUGGGAACUCCCAGCUGUCAGUCAGUGGUGGGAUGUUUGUUUACUGCUGAUGGGUGUGAGCAAGUUAGAUGUUCUAUACCGGAGACUUCUCCUUACAAAACUUUUUAUCAGAGGAUGGGGAAGGCCAGAGGAUCUUAAAAGACUCUUUGAAUUCAGAAAGAUAAUUGGAAAUCGAGAAAGAUGUCAGAAUCUGGUUUCGAGUGAUUACCCAGUAUACAUCGAUAAGAUUGAAGAGCAGUCAGACUGUAAGAUCCUAGAUGGACACUUUGUUUCCCCUAUGGCCCACUAUGUGCCUGAUAUUAUGCCAAUUGAAUCUGUUAUCGCAAGGUUCCAAUUUAUUGUGCCUAAAGAAUGGAACAGCAAAUACAGACCCGUAUGCAUUCAUCUUGCUGGAACAGGAGAUCACGAAACCCAAGGACCAAAUGCUAGAAGGUCCAGCUUGAAAAACGUGUCUGACCUAUUUGUGAUGGGAGGAGCUCUUGUUUUGGAGUCGGCAGCUCUCCUGCACUGGCUGGAAAGGGAGGGUUAUGGACCUCUGGGAAUGACGGGCAUAUCCAUGGGAGGACACAUGGCUUCCUUAGCGGUGUCCAGCUGGCCUAAGCCCAUGCCAUUGAUUCCAUGUUUGUCUUGGUCCACAGCCUCUGGGGUCUUCACCACGGGUGUGUUGAGUAAAUCGAUUAAUUGGAGGGAGCUGGAAAAGCAGUAUUAUACACAGACAGUUUAUGAGGAAGAAAUUAUUCACAUGCUUGAAUAUUGUGGAACAGAUUCUUUCAAAAUGGGACAAGAUUUCGUGAAAUGCUUCCCUAGCAGUGCAGACAAGCUCACUAACCUUAAUCUGGUUUCCAGAACUUUAAAUUUCGAUGUGACUGACCAAGUUGUGUCCUCAAAACCUGCUGAGUGCCAUAAAUCUAGUAAAGCAUCUUUUAGGGCCACAUCAGAAGAACUCUUAUUGAAAGAUACUUCUCAGAUGGAGUGCUUCAAUCAGACACUUUCAAACAACAAAAGUAGUUAUACAAGUUGUAAUCCUCAGUCAUACCACCUACUCAGUAAAGAACAAAGAAGAAAAAAUCUUCAGAAAGAAUCGUUACUGUUUAUGAAAGGAGUCAUGGAUGAAUGUACUCAUGUAGCAAAUUUCUCAGUUCCAGUUGACCCAAGCCUCAUUAUAGUGGUUCAAGCCAAAGAAGAUGCCUAUAUUCCACGAACAGGAGUUCGAAGUCUACAAGAAAUAUGGCCUGGUUGUGAAAUCCGAUAUCUAGAAGGGGGUCAUAUUAGUGCUUAUCUUUUUAAACAAGGACUCUUCAGACGAGCCAUCUAUGAUGCAUUUGAACGCUUCCUGCAUAAAUAUGCUAACUAACUGGAUCACUGUAUAUAGCCAGUGUGGCCCUAUUUCUCACAGGAGUUUCAUCCUUUGAUGGUGUGAAAAACAAGCAGACAGUACUGUAUAUCUAACUGCCAUCGAGUUAUUCUGGAAUUCAGUGUUACAAGUCAGUC